AAGAAGCCAUUUGAAAUUCACCAUCGGUGGUACAGGGGUCUUUUCUUCUGGAACCUGCAUGUGUACCACCAGCCCCCACUCUGAUUCCUUGUGUCCUCCCCCAGGAUGUGCAGUACUCAGACAUCGACUACAUGGAGCGGCAGCUGGACUUCACCCUCAGCCCCAAGUUUUCUGGAUUGCCAGAUCUGAUCAAUCGCAUGAAAGACAGAGGGAUGCGGGUCAUCCUCAUUCUGGAUCCAGCCAUUUCUGGUAUGAGACAGAGCCGUAUCCUGCCUUCACUGAGGGAGUGCAAGAUGAUGUCUUCAUUAAGUAUCCAGAUGAUGGAGGAAUUGUCUGGGGAAAGGUCUGGCCUGAUUUCCCUGACGUUGUUGUGAACAACUCUCUAGACUGGGACAGUCAAGUGGAGCAAUACCGAGCUUAUGCGGCCUUCCCGGACUUUUUCCGUAAUUCAGCUGUCCAGUGGUGGAAGAGGGAAAUUGGAAAAAUGUAUAAUAAUACAGAAAGUCCAGAGAAGAGCUUGAAGUUUGAUGGCAUGUGGAUUGAUAUGAAUGAGCCUUCAAGCUUUGUGAAUGGGGCCGUUCCUGCAGGCUGCAGGAAUGCUACUCUGAACCAUCCUCCCUACAUGCCGCAUGUGGAGGACAGGGUGUGGGCCUCAGCAGCAAGACCCUGUGCAUGGAGAGUGAGCAGAUCCUGCCGGAUGGUUCGGGUGCGGCACUAUGAUGUGCACAGCCUGUACGGGUGGUCCCAGACCAGACCCACCUAUGAAGCUGUGCAGGAGGUGACAGGAGAGCGAGGGAUCAUCAUCACCCGCUCCACAUUCCCUUCUUCUGGCCGCUGGGCAGGACACUGGCUGGGAGACAACACAGCUGCUUGGGAUCAGCUGAAGAAAUCUAUCAUUGGCAUGAUGGAGUUCAGUCUGUUUGGCAUCUCCUAUACAGGGCAGAUAUUUGUGGGUUCUUUGAAGAUGCUGAAUAUGAGAUGUGUGCUCGCUGGAUGCAGCUGGGAGCCUUUUACCCCUUUUCCAGGAACCACAAUGGCGAGGGGAACAGGGUAG